GUCACCCGCACCUCCAUUUAUUAUUCUAUUCUAUUUAGCCUCCUCCUUCCAGGCUCCCCAAAACCAAACAGAGAAAGCGAAGAAAGAAGGAAAAGAUGGGUGAUCCCAUUCAGCUGGAAGCUCUGGCCAAGGCCUUGUCAGGCAUCGGUGUUGACGAACGAUCCCUGAUAUCAAUCCUGGGAAGAUCACCUCCUGAGCACCGCAAGUCUUUCAGGAAAGGAGUGCCCCAGUUGUUCCAGGAGGACGAGCGUUCCUUCGAGCGCUGGAUCGACUCCCGAAUCCCGCUUCUCAAGGCCGAGUUCCUCCGCUUCAAUGAAGCCAUUGUGCUGUGGGCAAUGCAUCCGUGGGAACGGGAUGCGCGCUUGAUGAAGGAGUCACUCAUCGAGGGUCCCAAAUCCUACGCCGUCAUCGUCGAGAUUGCGUGUACCAGAUCUUCAGAGGAUCUCCUCGGAGCUAGGACGGCUUACCAUUCCCUCUACGACCGCUCCAUUGAAGAAGAUGUUGUUACCCGCUUCCAUGGCCGCCCCGAGCGCAAGCUGUUGGUGGGACUUGUGAGUGCUUACAGAUAUGAAGGCCCGAAAGUGAACACCGAAACUGUAAAAUCAGAAGCCAAGUUGCUGUGUCAUGCACUCAGGAAUGAAGGCAACGACAAGAACCCUGUUGAGGAUGAAGACGUGAUAAGAAUACUAUCCACCAGAAGCAAGCCCCACAUCCACGCCAUUUACGAGCACUACAAGGAAGUGGCUGCCAAAAGUAUCCGCGAUGAUCUACAAGCAGCGGAACUGAUAUUGAAAGAGACGGUUGAAUGCUUGUGCACGCCUCAUGUCUACUUCAGCAAGGUAGUGGAUGAGGCUCUGAAAAAUGGCGCAGAAGAGAACGCAAAGAAGGGUCUAACUCGAGUGAUUGUGACCCGUGCCGACCUGGAUAUGAAGGAGACUGAAACAACAUUCAACAACUUGUACGGGGCUACUCUCGCGCACAGGGUUGAAGAGGCAACCAAUGGCAACUACAAGGACUUGCUGCUCACAUUGAUUACAAGGGACCAAACCAGUUGAAGCCUGCCUACAGUCAGCACCGUCUUCCAAGAUUUGGAACUUUCAAUGAUAAAGUUUGUCUUUUGGGUGAAAUCUAUUUGUUGAUGAUCGAUCCAUCUUUCAUGGCUCGCCCUGCCUAGCAUGUUCUGCACUGGUAGUGGCAGCGUAGGCCAAUCUGUUCGAUGGAAGGGGGAAUAGUACUGUAUCAUCAACACUAUACCUUCAAUCCCAAUUGUAUGCGCUUUUCAAUUGAGGACUUGCAAUAAAGUUUGUGCUCGCUG